AUGGGUGUCCUCACACCGCCCAAGCGGACCCAAAAGGUCGUCCCUGUCAAGCCCGCCCAUGGUCACUUCUUCUUUGCGAAUAAGGAGUUCGUUCGUGUUCCCUGGUGGAAGAGGCGGAACAUGCGCACUCUGUAUCUCUACAUUGUUAUCCUUAUUCUCACAAACACUGCCAAUGGAUUCGAUGGAUCCAUGAUGAACAGUCUCCAGACUCUCUCCUACUGGCAAGAGUACUUCAACCACCCCAAAGGAUCCAUUCUCGGUCUUUUCAACGCCUCUAUGAGUCUUGGUUCUCUCAUCGGUCUCUUCGUUGUGCCCUACCUCAUCGAUUGGGCCGGCCGAAGGGCUGGUGUUGCGCUUGGUUGUGCUGUGAUGCUUCUCGCAGUCGGCUUACAAACUGGAGCCCAGAACUUUGGCAUGUUUGUCGCGGCGCGUAUCCUUCUCGGUUUCGGCGACUGCAUUGUUCUUGGCUCUGCGCCUCUUCUCAUCGCUGAGAUUGCUCACCCUCAAGAUCGUGCUAUUCUCGUGACCCUUAGCGGCGCGUCUUAUCACUCUGGUGCAUUCAUCUCCAGUUGGGUCACUUACGGUACCCUCCAGAUCGAGAGCAACUGGUCCUGGAGACUUCCUAGUCUUCUUCAGUCCAUCUGCAGUGUCAUCAUCCUCGUCGCUCUCUACUGGAUGCCAGAGAGUCCCCGUUGGCUCCUAAGCAAGGACCGACAUGAAGAAGCCCAGAAGGUCCUGACUCACUACCACGCUGAGGACGACGCCGAGGAUGAAUUCGUCCAGCUCGAGUUCAGCGAAAUCAAGGCAGCCAUUGCCCUCGAUAAGCAGAUCGGACAGACCGGCUGGGCAGACUUCCUCAGGACCAAGGGCAACCGCAAGAGGAUCGGUCUCAUCACUGCCCUCGGUUUCUUCAGUCAGUGGAGUGGCAAUGGUCUUAUCUCUUACUACCUCAAGCAGAUCAUGGACAACGUCGGUAUUACCAAGGCGGAAACUCAACUUGGCAUCAAUGCAGGCAUGAAGACACAGGGGCUGAUUGUCAACACUGCUUUUGCCUUUUUCAUUGAUAAGCUUGGACGUCGUCCCAUGUACCUGGCUUCUACUAUCGGAACAUGCGUUAUUUUUAACUUCUGGACUAUUGUUUCAGCUCGCUACGACAUCGAGCCCAACAAGGCGCUGGGUUAUGCCUUUGUUGCACUAACAUUUAUCUACGGCUUGUUCUACGAUCUCAAGUCCGGUCUCAUGGCCAACUACACCACCGAGACUCUUCCCUACGGUCUCCGAGCCAAGGGUUUCACCUGGCUCAACUUCUGUGUUACUGCCGCGCUCUUCUUCAACCAGUACAUCAACGGUAUCGCCCUCGAGGCCAUGGGCUGGAAGUACUACAUCAUCUACUGUGUAUUCCUUGGUUUCGAGGUGUACAUCAUCUACUUCUUCCUCAUCGAGACCCGCUACACCCCCAUGGAAGAAAUCGCCAAGUACUUCGACGGCGACGACGUGGUCGAUGUUGGAGAGGUCGCUCGUGCUGAUAUGAAGGAGAGAGGUGUUGCUGUCAAUGAGGUGGAGACGAAGGGAGCUCGUGCUGUUGAGGUUGAGACGACAAAUUAG